CUAAACGAAGUAGUGUAGUUAUAAUGUAAAUUAUUACGAAUAAAUAAUGAAAUGUAAAUAAAUAAAUGUCGGAUAUUAUUUUGUUAUUGUUUUAAAUGUAAAUAAAUGCGUUUUAAGUGUUGUGGAAGACAGUAUAUGCAGCUGGAUUGCAUGGAGAGAAACAGCUUAAUUGUCAAAUUUUUUAUUUCAGAAUAACCAAUAUUUUGAUGAGUCCUAGUGAGUCAUCUACUUACACACCAUUAGCCCUAUAAUGCCUUUCAUGAUAUCGCCUUCAUCCGCGUCCUCGACUUCUGUCGCCCCAACAUCAUAUUUGUCGCCGCGCGACAAAGCCAUCGCACCACCAUCACAUGCCAACUCCCUUAGCCAGAAGACACGACAUUAUGGAGAUCUUUGCAGCCUUGAGUCCAGUUUACACGAUGAUUCUUCAAUGCGUCUUGGAUACUUUACCCAUUCUUUACUGUCUAGUCAUCAACAAUCAUCGCCUUUGACGCCUACAACAAAUUCUCAAUCAAAUAGUACACCCUCAUCAUCCCCACAUACAAGUACUACUUCUGUGGGAAGUUCUUCACUUGGCUCAUCACUGUGUGAAGAUCUUUCUUCAUUAUUACUUCUUGCACCUGGUAGUCCAAAUGGAAAAUUUGAUGAUAAUUCUGAAGAUGAUGAAUUCAGAUGUAGACGUCAUGGAGAAAAGUUGCGAUGCUACUGCGAAACUUGCUCUAGAAGAGUUUGCCAAGAAUGUUCAUUAUGGGAACACAGAGAUCAUAUUUGCCGACCGGUUUCAUCUUCUGUCGUGUCUGAACGCGCUCGUUCACAUUUAAUAGAAUCAAUAGAUGUGGGUAGAUUAGGGACAAAAAUGAUCAAAGGAAGAAUUGAUGAUGCUGUAGCCGUUGCUAAAAGUACUGAAAGACAAGCUGCAGAAACAUGUACUAGAAUACGGAGAUUCUUCAAGCAACUAAUCCAAUCUACUGAAGAAAGAGAGCGUGAAUUACUAGAACGCGUAGAGCGGUUGAAAAAACGCCGCAUGGAUGACUUGGCUGCUCAAAUGGAAUGGUUACGAGGUGCUUUGGCUGGUGUGGCAAUGGCUGUUGAUGACAUGACGAAGGCUGUUGAACAGAACCAACAACGUGAUGUACUUGAUAUCAUGCUGGUGCAUAGUAGAGCUCGGGAAGCUAUCGAUGAACAUAUGGCAACGUAUCAUAAAAUUGAACCCAAAGAAGAAUCACUUGUAUUUGUUACCCCUAACUUUGAAGUGCUGCAGGAUAUCAGACAUUUAGGUGACGUCUUUUCGGCGCCUACAUCUUUAUCCCCCCAUGGCUCUCUCGCAGGUAAAUCGUCACUUCGUGCUCCACCGCGUUACCUGGUUGGUAUGCCAACAGGUUUCUCAAACCCUUCUUCGAGCCAUCCCUCGCCGGGACCUUAUAUCGCCAAAGGUCCUGGACAGUGUAUUCCUGGUUUAAAUACACCAGUUAUCGCCAAAAUGCCGCACAAUCCUCAAAUACCACGCCAUUCUUUUGCAUUAGAUGGCCAUGAAGAUGGUAAGGUAAGCAGACCAUGGGGUCUUUGCGUAGAUGUUGAUGGGAACAUCAUAGUUGCCGACAGGCGUAACAAUCGUGUGCAAAUUUUUACAGCUGACGGUAAUUUUAAGCUAAAAUUCGGGAAAAAGGGGACUGGUCCGGGUGAGUUUGAUUUACCCGCAGGUAUUACGACUGACCCUCAGAAUCGUAUCGUUGUAGUUGAUAAAGAUAAUCAUAGAGUUCAGUUGUUUACUUCUGGGGGCGAGUUUGUUUUAAAAUUUGGCACAUAUGGCAAAGAAUCUGGACAAUUUCAGUAUCCAUGGGAUGUAGCUGUUAAUGCCAAAGGCGAUAUACUAGUCACCGAUUCGCGAAAUCAUCGUAUUCAGUUAUUUACCAGCGAAGGUGUUUUUGUAACCCGCUUUAACUUUGACGGUUCUAAUCACAAUCGUCUUCUUAAAGGUUUGACAACACCACGCGGGGUUUGUUUCAAUCCCCAAGGCGAUAUUAUAGUCUCAGACUUUGAAAAUCAUCGUUUACUUUUGAUAGAUUCCCAAUUAACUAAAAUUUCAGCCAGCCAUGGCUGCGAGGGUGCGGGUGUAAUGGACUUUAGUCGUCCUUCUGGUAUAAUUUGUGAUGAUAAGGGCAAAAUUAUAGUUGCGGAUAGUAAAAAUCAAAGAGUUUUAGUAUUUUCACCUCAAUUAGAAUUUUUGUGGAUGAUAGAUAUUCGCGGAGUUGGUCAUGAUGAAAAAGAUAGACCAUCAGAUGUUGCUCUUACCCCUUAUGGUCAACUUGUGGUGAUGAUUGAAACUUUGCCUGAUUCCAGAGAUAUGUGCAAUGUUAAUAAAACUUUUAUACAAAUAUUUUAA